GGUAAAUUGAAGAUCCAACCAACUGGGAAAGAUGUUCAAACUAGCGAUCGUCCUGAUGGUGUUCAGUUUGGUGGAGGCCAAUCGAUACCGGGACGAAUAUCCCGGAUCCUAUUGCGCUUCCCGACGCUACGACAAGUGCUGUCACGACCGGCAGGAUGGGUGCGCCCAACCGAUCUCAACUACUCUCUGUUAUUGUGAUGAAUUUUGUGAACGUGGAGAACAUGGCGAUUGCUGCCCGGACUACGAGGAAGUGUGCCUAGGGAAAGCUCCGGAAAAAAAUGUUGAAGCUUGUCAACACAAAGGCCAUAUAUUUACUCCGUUUGAUAAACCCAUAGUCGAUAACUGCAAUACAUGUAAGUGCACCACCGAGGGUGAUAAAAUCUGCACGACAGACGUAUGCUUGGUAGAUGAUGAACUACUGAAAAAGUUGGACUAUCUGGAACGUUCCAUCGGAUGGAAGGCGACCAACUACAGCGAAUGGUGGGGUCACAAAUACGAUGAAGGAAAGGUUAUGCGACUGGGAACGUUCUACCCGAAGAUAAAGGUGAAAUCUAUGAGUCGACUAACCAACGGACAGGACCAUCUGCCGACGCACUUCGAUGCCGGCACCUACUGGCCGGGCUUCAUCGGAGACGUUAGGGAUCAGGGUUGGUGCGGAUCGUCGUGGGCCAUUUCUACUGCUUCGGUUGCUUCCGAUCGCUUCGCUAUCCUCUCGAAGGGACGAGAACUCGUACGGCUUGCUCCUCAGCAGAUCAUCUCCUGCGUCCGAAGAAGCCAAGGUUGUAGUGGAGGGCAUCUUGAUACUGCUUGGAACUACUUCCGUAAAGUUGGAACCGUCAACGAGGACUGCUACCCGUACAUUUCCGCUCACAAUGCCUGCAAGAUCCGCCCAUCGGACACUCUGAUCACGGCCAACUGUGAACUGCCGACCAAGGUCGACCGAACCAACAUGUACAAGAUGGGCCCGGCCUUCAGCCUGAACAACGAAACCGACAUCAUGAUCGAGAUCAAGAAGCAUGGACCCGUGCAAGCUAUUAUGCGCGUGCACCGCGACUUCUUCUCUUACGAAAGCGGCAUCUACCGCCACUCGGCCGCCUCGACUGCAGCUGAUCAACGAGCCGGCUACCACUCAGUGCGUCUGAUCGGUUGGGGAGAGGAGCGCCAGGGCUACGACGUCACCAAGUACUGGAUUGCCAUCAACUCGUGGGGCACCUGGUGGGGCGAGAACGGCCGCUUCCGCAUCCUGCGCGGUGUUAACGAGUGUGAAAUCGAAAGCUACGUGCUCGCCUCCCUGCCGUACGUCCACCAGCAGGUGAAACAGAUGCGACAGGUUGGUGAACUGCAGGAGAUGAUCGUCGGAACGGGCUACGUUCCACACCCGAGCCGGAGAUACCCACCAUACGGACGCCGAUCUGGCUGAAAGCCGGAAAAUCUGCCACGUAAAUGCAGUUAAGCAAUGUACAGUAUUAAUGUAAGGAAAGCUUGGAACCCGUGGUAAAGAUCUGCACGAGCAUAUUUAACCUCACGGUGGCUGAUGCCACCGUACGGGACGCCUAAGGCGUCCUCCAAGAAAGUCUAGACUCACGCAAAAAAAAAACAUACGUUUCGAAUGUAUACUGCCUUUAAAGACCCUCCUCUGUUUAGACAAGAUAAACUAAUAAAAAAAAAGAACGAAUUUAGGUACGAUUUCGUUUAGGUUUCGUUUCAAAGAGCACUAGUCGACAAUGCAAGAGGUAAAUGGAAGUGUUCAAAUUCUCAAAAUUAAAAGUUUCCUUUAUAUUUUAGUCUGAGAUAAGCGAUGAAAAAAAAUGAGUAAAACUUGCUUAGUUGUUAAGUCCCUAGUUACCUUUAAAAUCGAUAAACACAUGAAAAUAUUUAGUGAGAAACGCUAGAGUUGUAGAGAUAGCGAGAAUGGAAUAAACCUUGGUGCCAAAUUUAA